AUGAAGACGACGAUUAUUAAUGAAGGAGAUGAUAAUGAUGCUCAGGAAGACGUUGUUAGUCUCUACAUGCAUCAGUAUAGGUAUUAUUUCAAUGAGUUGGAAAGGCUGGGAAGGCUCAAUGCGGCCAGACAUGAAUUAGAAGGUGAUAACCAGUACUGUGGUAAUACAAAAGCUGGAGCCAAACCUCUGAGUGGAAUCAGAGGACUUUAUUUUUCCAAGGGAUCCUGGAGAGUAAAGUACCUGGAUGACCAAGGUGAAGUAAUUACAUGUUACUUUAACUACAAUGACCCCAAACUACUAAUCGCAGGAUUUAAAGUUGCCUAUUCAUUUCUCAAAAAGGUUAUAGAGUACAAGAGACAGGUAAACAAGGAUGACGGUCUUGUCCUAGAAGAGCUCAGCAAUGAAGAACUUCUGGAAUUGGAUAAUAGAAAAAAGAAGAGAGAUUUGCUACUAAUGGAGCAAAAGAAUGCACCAACUCUUCGGGAACGAAAUACUCCAUCUGUGAGCAGUGGAUGGGCUACAUCAUUUUCCACAGAGUACAGUACAGGCUAUCUAGACGAGCAGGCGAAUCUUCCGAAAAUAAAGCGGAAUCGUGGACGUCCUAGAAUAGAUAGAGAAUAUGUCACUCCACCGGACGAGUACCUCUGGAACUCGGAAAAUUUCUUUGACUGGGGACAGACCGCUGUAGCUAAAAGGGCUCCAGUGAAAAAACCUAGAAGACUCAGCCGCUUCCAAGAAAAAUUUGAAUCUUACAUGCAUCAUAGUACCCACGACCUAAUUGAUGAUAUGAUUACUCAAGGAAUGCAGGAACGGAUGUCUCCACAAGAUGCUCAGAAUACGCGAUAUAAAACACACAGAGAACGAAAAACUAGUGACUCAAACGUUGCUAUUAAAGGUAAGGGAUAUGAGCCAAGGUCAAAAUGUGUAGAUGAUGAGAGUGAAUAUGUAGAGAGCACUGAUGAGGAAAAGGACGAAUUUCACAACAGUUCUAGUAGCAACGAAAAGAGUGCAAGUAGCUCGUCUGAAAAGUCGAAGGAGGAAAGCGCUGAUUCUCAUUCUGAAACCAAUGUGUGUCCAUCAAAACCAUCUGAGACUUUUGAGGAUCCAUUUACAGUUGCCAAGCUAUACAAGUUUGACAAUUGCCUUAAAAAGUAG